UGUUCGCUCAGGACUCGAGCAGAGGAGAGAGUAACAAAGACAGAGUCCUCUGCAGCAUAAGUCGCCGAGGAUUCUGUUCUACUCCUCAACGUGACAUGUGAACCGUGCUCUCGUGUUGCAAAUGGGACUUCUCUGGCGAUUCCUCCAACCCGUACCAGUGACUUCUAGACGUCAAGUCCUCAUGUAGUAGCGAAGCGAACAAAUGAGAGCACCCAGCAUCUUCUGCGAACGAGUCGACUGUGACGUCGGAGUCACCCCAAACUCGUUGGUUUCUAGACCACUUCUCAGCUCUCCGCACCCAUCUUUGCUUUCAUUGCCAAGAAAUGGUGCUGUUGCCGAGGUUAACUCAGCCAUUUCCGGUUGCCCGCUGAGGCGCCGUGAUAUGAAGCCAAGUGGCCUGACAACAACAAAGACUAAGACGCCCGGUCUGUCAGCUCCGCCACGGGAGGACCCGUGCUCGGAUAGGGAGCCCUGGGAGGCCAGAUUUGCGCCAUCUCAUCAUGCCAGAACCCAAGAUUAUCGAGGCGCCUCAUCUGUUUCUGCAUCUUCUCCUUUCGUCAUCAGUCCACUCCCCCGGAAACAUCAUCAUGGGUCCACACAACCAAUACAUCGGUCAGGUCAGGGGUUCGUCGAAACCAGAGCAGUGACAGCACUUAUCGUGCAUUUGCUUCAUCGUGGUUGUGUCUCUCGGGGGGAUUAUCCGCUACCCGGUGGAAACCCAUGCAUGAUCCUUGCUGGCACAUGUCCACCUUGAUCCGGUGUGGAUGCAUGAACUUAUCCACACGGCUCCCGGGAAACUUACGCCCUGCCUGUUGCAUCACGCCAUCUUCUUUAUGCUACCCAGAUGUUGUCUCGGAGUCGAUCAUGGACCGUUAAAGCUUUGGUUAUCACAGGCACCCUCACAUUGGACAAUCGUAACAUAGAUGUUGAAGAGUUGAUAGGAGUCUGUUUUCCCCCUAGCUCAUUGAUUCUUCAUUUAGAACUCGAAAACCCAGUACCUAACCCUGAAGCAAC